GGGGCCUGUUCCGGUUUCUCUCCCCGAGCCGCGGACUCUCCGUUUGGGAUGUGGCGGCUCGUCCCCGGUGUACCAGCCUGAUGCCAGCAAGAACUCCACGUUUUGGAUAAGUCACGCUGCCAACAGUGACUGCCUUGUGCUGUAGAUAUGGCCCCAAAGCCAAGUGGCUCCACAAAGGCCGAGGAGACGCCUGUCAGAGUGGCAGUCCGAAUCAGACCACUGUUACCCAAAGAAAUUCUACAUGGGCAUCACUCUUGUGUCCACGUCGAUCUCAACAUACAGCAGAUUACACUGGGAAAUAACCGGCAUUUCCAAUUCGAUAUAAUCUUUGACCAGACUGCCAGUCAGGAUGAAGUGUACAACAGUUGUGUGGAACCACUGGUUGAGGCUUUCUUUGAGGGUUUCAAUGCCACUGUAUUUGCCUAUGGACAGACUGGAUCAGGCAAAACAUAUACCAUUGGGGAGACUUACAUUUCUUCUGUUACUGAUGAUGACCAGGGCAUAAUUCCCCGUGCUUUGGCUGAGAUAUUUAAGCUGAUUGAUGAGAAUGAUGCAGUGGAUCACACUAUUAAGGUGUCAUACCUAGAGGUCUACAAGGAAGAAUUCAGAGACUUACUGGAGGUGGAAACAGCAAGCAAGGACAUCCGCACUCGAGAGGAUGACAAAGGAAACACAGUGCUCUGUGGUGUCAAGGGAUGUGACGUCGAAGGGUUGGAUGAAGCUUUGAGCUUACUUGAGAUUGGUAACACUGCCAAGCAUACUGGGACUACACAGGUCAACAUGCACUCCAGCCGCUCUCACACUGUUUUUAUAAUUACCAUGGAACAGAGACGUGGACUUGGUCGAACCACACGACUUGCUGCCACUCCUGGAGACCUGCUGCAUCCCACACAUGUGAUAACUUCUAAGUUCCACUUUGUAGACUUGGCUGGCUCAGAACGAAUUGUGAAGACGGGGAACACUGGUGAGCGACUGAAAGAAUCCAUUCAGAUCAACAGUGGAUUAUUGGCAUUGGGCAAUGUCAUCAGUGCCCUGGGUGAUCCAAGGAGAAAGAGUUCACAUAUUCCUUAUCGUGAUUCCAAGAUUACAAGGAUCCUCAAAGACUCGCUUGGGGGUAAUGCAAAAACACUGAUGAUUGCCUGUAUAAGUCCCUCUUCAUUCAACUUUGAUGAGAAUUUGAACUGUUUAAAUUAUGCCAAAAGGGCUCAGAACAUUAAAAACCAAGCAGUGAUUAACUUUAAGAAAGAUCUGGAUCGUACCAGUGAGCUACAACUUCAAAUCAAGACUCUUCAUGAAGCUAUGGAGCACAACCAACAAGUAUCACCAAACAAAUGUUUCAGGCAAUUGUCUGAGAAAUACAUGGCCCGCUUACAUGCCGAGAGCUCUCAUUAUCGGACCUGCACGGAUACUGCGUACCGAAUUUUUAUGGAGUUGCAGGGAGAUGGAAACCUCACAGUGGAUCAAGUGCUAAAAGUGAAAGAGUGGAUAGCAAACGUGGAAGAGAUGCGGAGUGAGCUUUCUACUGCCUCUGGCCUCGACAGUGGUAUUGAGUGCAAUUCAACUGAUGAACCCAAGACCAGACGUGUAUCUAAGGAACAGGUAUAUAUUUUCAAGGGUCCUAGUGAAGUUGGCCCAGACCUUGGGCAAGAGCAGAAACAGCUUGUUCCAAAACUGCAGGCAAAAGUUCAGCAGCUGGAGGAAGAGAACAGAGAUUUCUUGGCAGCUCUUGAGGAUGCCAUGGAGCGGUUUAAACAGCAGAAUGAAACAUUAUUGGAUCAGGAGGACCAGAUUGUUGAGUUACAAAGUAGACUGAAGCUAGUAGGAGGGAAUCAGUCUGCAGUGUUGGUGGAUGAGGUCUUGGAGAGUCUCCAGCUUGCUGAUCCCAGCUGCAGGCCUCACACAGCCCCUCAUCUUUGCAGUUUGAACGUGCCACAUUCCAGUCGCAUUCUUAAUGAUGAAACUGGAAGAACUCAUUCCAAGAAGAUGUCUGCAAAUGCCUCUUCCACAGAACAUGCAAGUAUUGCAUUUCAUAGCCACAGUCAGUGCCUGCAGCAAAGCAUGGGGGACAGGCAUUCUGUGUUAUACAGAGACUGCAACAAAGAUGGUGGAUCAACUGUGUUGCGAUCUGAUGAUGAUGAGGAGGAUGAUUUUUGUGGGAGUCUAGGAAAAACCAGAUAUCAGAUCAAUCGGACCUGGACAAAAAGAGAUAUGCCUGGAAUGAUUAGCACAGUGAAAAGCAGAAACAACCUUAAUCAGCUCCAAGACAGUGAUUCAAGCAGUCUGCAAAGUGAAGUAACGAAAUCUCCCCACAGGAGGUGUGACCAGGAUGGGGCCCACUCACUGCCAUUCUCUGAAUUCAAGGAAGUUUCCCCUGUGUACCAUCCCAAGAUGAACAACUCUGAGUGGAGACUCGUCCAAGCACAGCACAAGAUGCGGGAACUGGCCAUCAAUAUCCGCAUGAAGGAAGAAUUGAUCAAAGAACUCAUCAAAACAGGGAAAGAUGCCCAAGCGAUGAAUAAACAGUACUUCCAGAAGAUUCAAGAGUUGGAGCAGGAGGCGGAGCAGGCAAGGGCGGAGCUGACAGAGGCUCAGAAACAGCUCCAGGACUUUGAGGAGAAAGAACCCAGGGACCCCGUGGAAAGGGCCAAACUUCAGGAGUAUCACAAAAAAAUUGUUGCAGCACAAAGUAAAGUGCAGGUACUCAGGCAAAAGAAGCGGGAUACAGAGCAACUGGUUUCACUGUCAUCGCAGAGUGAGCGGCGAAUCCAUGAGAUGGAGAGAAAUGUACAGCUGAUGAAGCAGCAACAAGCACUGUUGCAGAAAAAGCUGAAAGAGGAAAUGGAUCAGAAAAGACGACUUGAGACAGAAAUGCAGAAAGGAAAACAUCGAGUGAAGGAGCUUGAAAUAAAGCAUAAGCAGCAGCAACAAAUUCUCAAGAUUAAAACCGAAGAGAUUGCAGCUUUCCAAAGAAAGAGGAGAAGUGGCAGCAAUGGGUCUGUAGUCAGCCUCGAAGAGCAGCAGAAAAUUGAAGAGCAGAAGAGGUGGUUAGACACUGAGAUUGAGAAGGUUCUUGAACAACGGAAGGCUCUGGAUGACCUGGAAGAGGAGCUGAACAAACGCGAGAUCAUUGUAGAAAAGAAGGAGGCCUUGCUGCAGGAGAAGAAUGGGCUGGAGAGCAAGAGGCUGCGGUCCAGUCAGGCGCUGAGUAAUGACAUUGUGAGAGUGUCGAGCCGCAUUGAAUCUCUGGAGAAGGAGCUGUCUGAGAAGAAUGGGCAGUUGCGUAAUGGCAGUGCCUGUGACCAACAGGAAAUCCGGGAAGAGAUUUCCAACCUACGGCAUGAGAAGGAUCAGAUGAUGAAACAGCGCACUGAACUCGAUGAGAAACUCCGGAUGGGAAACCUGCUGUCUGCAGAGGAAGAGAGGACCCUUUUCCAGCUGGAUGAAGCUAUUGAAGCGCUGGAUGCUGCAAUUGAGUACAAAAACGAGACAAUCACACGUCGGCAGAGGGUGCUGCAAGCAUCUGCCAGCAUGCUGUCCCAGUGUGAAAUGAACCUGAUGGCAAAGCUGAGCUAUCUCUCAGCAUCUGAAACUAGAGCACUGCUCUGCAAAUAUUUUGACAAGGUGGUAACACUCCGAGAAGAGGAGCGCAAGAUGCAACUGUCUUUCAUGGAGUUGGAGAUGCGCGCUGAGGAGCAACAAAAGCUCGUUUACUGGCUGGAGGCAGCAGUCGAGCGCCAACGCCUCGAGACAGAUCGUCGCCUCACUGUCCAGCAGAAGGAACAUGAGCAAAACCUGCAGCUCCUGCUCCAGCACUGCAGAGGACAAAUGGAUGAAGGAAUUGCUGGGAGUCAGAGGCAGUAUGAGGGCUGGAUUCAAAUGCUGGAGAAGGAGCUUGUCUGGUACAAACGAGCCAACCAUGAAUUGAACACAAAAUUGCGAGAACUGUCUAGUUAUCUUGUGAAUCAGCCAGCAGAGCAAAACAAAUAUGUUGGGAAAACUCCAGUCACUGUUGACCGAAUUCCUGCACGACCUGGUAGAGAAGAAAAUGGAAAUAAUAUUCUGCCAGAGCAAAUGCCUGUGCUGUCAGCUAAUCUAGAGCACAUUCCCAAACCGAAAGAAGAGCUCCGGGAUCUGGUCCAUGCACCUCUGCCACCCACUUGGAGAAGGUCAUCCCUACCUACAGAAGAUCAGUCUGGACUUGAUGAACUGAGACUACGGGAUUCAGUGGAACAUUCGUGCCAUCGGGUGGUGCAGCCUGCAGAGGGUGCUAUGCACUGGAGUUUUACACCUGUGCAGAAAUCUCAAAAAACAUUCAGACAAGCAAGUCUCAGUUCAAACAUUUCUCACCUGAAUUCUGGGAUAAUUGACGUCCGAAAAAAUCCAGUGGGAUAGCUGACCGUGAAAUGCCAUGUGGUGUUAAAGUAGACAUUAGCACAGAUUCUCAUUGAAGAAGACCCACUUUGAAGAAAAACAUUUUUAUUUGAAAAUUUUCAACAAGAUGGUUCAUAUUGAACAGGAAAACAUUUCAGAGCAGAAUCUUGGUGAGUGAUGGAAAAUUAAACUUGUUUCAGUUUACUUUUUGAUAAAAUAGAAUCCCAAAAAUAAUAGAGAUGAAAGAUUUUAACAGUAAGGGUGAAGCCAGAGGGUGGAAUCACAGCAGAAUGAGUGAUUCGAAAUAGCAACACUGGGUGACCAAUUCCACUGUCUAGAGAGGUACUGAUCACACUACUGAAGGAGCGUCAGAGUCCUGUGGUUUAGAUUUGAUUGCUGUUCUUACAGGAAAAGCAUUUGGACGACCUUCAAAAAAUGUGUACCUUUACCUUUAUAUGUGUCUUUUAUUUGUCCUUCGAAGAAUUGUGCACAACCUAUAUUUUAGUAGUUGUUUGGACUUGUGUUAAUAUGCGUGAAGUUGAGAAAAGAUGAAAAUUUGUAAUAACUAUUGUUCAUUUUUCCUGCUUUACACUCACUGGUUCUGUUAUAUCCUUCAAUAAUGGUGCUUCUUCAUGUAAGCAGCGUGAUUAAUUUUUAAUGACAUCUGAAAAUCAGAUUUCUAAUCAAAGUGCAGCAUUUCACUGAGUGUCAACAAGCAAGAACUACUGUUGACAGACAAACCUGCAUUCUUAUGCACUACUAAUGGACUUGUGUAAGCCUCAGGAUACCGAUAAAGGGCAGUCAUGAUGUGGAGGUGUCGGUGUUGGGCUGGGGUGGACAAAAAUCACACAACACCAGGUUAUUGUCCAACAGGUUUAUUCAGAAACACUAGCUUUCAGAGCACUGUGCCUUGUGCUCAAUGGAGUUGUGGAGUACAAGAUCAUACAACACAGAAUUUAUAGCGGAAGAUUACGGAUUGAUACCACUGAAAUGAUAUAUUGAAAAAAACUGGGUUGUUUGUUAAGUCUUUCAUCUUUUAGCAUGACCAUGUUAGUUUCAGUUCAUUCAUAUAUAAAUCCCAGAACGUUUUUAAGGUUACAUUCUCAAGUUAGCUUUAACAAUAGAUGUCAUCCCAGCUCAAAUACUACUUUGAAAGUGUACGGUUAAAGUGUGUCUCCUAGUUUCUAGACUGAUUCUAUUUCUAAAGUGGGAUUUACAGAACUUUACAUGAAACUUUCUAUUCAAUUGGAACAACUCGAUUCCUCCUAGUCCCAGUCUGAAACGAUGAAUCUUACUGAGUUUUUUCCUUUUUCUUCCGAGUGACAUUACAAAGUUUCUUCAAUAGUAGGACUGUCAGCAUUAUAACCAUGAGGAACAGUGAUAACAGGAAAACCAUCACAUCUACACAAUAGUAAGCAUACCAGGGGAGUCGGUAAGACUCUGAGCGUAAAUGUGCUGCCCCUUUGUGUCGGGCAACAUAUUCAACCCAGAAAAUAGCUCUCUCGAUUGGAGACUCGGGUUGGUCUCUGUGGAGAGCAGAGAGUUUCUGCAUGUUCUCCCGAUAAGAGGUGUUAUAUAUAACCUCAUUAAGUGCCUGCAGUAGAUCUGUUGACUGCAUGGUUGCGGCGCUAAUGACCUUUGCUGCACCUCGGACUUCAAGUCUUAGUAAAUUAUCAAACUGGUCAAAAAACAGAGGUAUGCCAACUACUGGCACCCCAUGAUAAAUGGCUUCAUAAACUCCAUUGGUGCCACCAUGAGCAAUGAAGGCUCGUGUCUUUGGGUGUCCCAGUAGAUCAUUCUGAGGGAUCCAUUUUGCCAGUAAGGUGUUAUUUCCAAUGUUGGGAGGAAUCUUUCCAUCAUGUUUCCAGAUAACCUUCUGAGGUACUUGAGCAAGAGCCUCUGCUAUUUGCAUUACAAUAUGCAUUGGCAAAGAGUUGACAAUGGUCCCCAUUGACAUGACAAUAAUCCCAUGUUCCCCUGAGGACUGGACAAACUCCUCAAACUCUGCCUCUAGAGGUUUGGAUGGUUUACACUGGAAUCCUCCAAUAUAAACAAUAUUGGGCAUGGUGGGUCUCGGGAAAUCAAAUAUAAAAUCUACUCUCAUCAGCCACACAUCUGCACUGAGAAGAACAGUCUCGGCGUCUGUGUCUGGGCCCAGAUAGCGAUGGCAGAAAUCAUUGUACAUUGGAUAUGUUAGAAAAUUUGCAAUUGCUAGUUGAAUAAGAUUUAGGAUAACAUUUUGUGUUCUUUGGAGAAAAGUCAUUUUGUCUGUCAAUUGAGAGCGCGGAAUUGGAACAUAGGAAGCUGGUGAUGGGGCAGAGACGAAAUGAGCUUCUCCACUGGUGAUCCAUCGAACAUUAUAUACCAAAGGGAGUUUUAAAUAAUGCGCAAGCAUUGAGCCUGUAAGAAAUACAGGAUCAGUAAGUACUAAGUCAAAGUUCUCAUUUUCAAGUUGAUUUAACAAACUUUUGUUUUCAAAAAUUGCAGUGUUUAAGUCCAUCCCCCAAUGGUGACAGGCAUGCAUAAAAGACAUUGUUGCAUAUUGGAACUUAAUAAAGCCCCAUGGCGUCCAACCAUC